CUGCGGUGAACACAAGAGCGAAACAAUCCUCCGAGCAAGCAAAGAUAUGGCGUACUCGACGGUGUCCCUCCCGUUCCUCAAGAAGAACCGCAAUGAGAUGAUGAUGCACGACGGAGACGAAGUUGAUGGCUCCUCCGUGGACCAGUUUGUGUCUCCCAGCAGCUUCCUCCUCCCGCCUGUCGCGGAUCCGGCGCUGUACUGCCGCACAAACUUGAAAAUCGCGUACCACGAAGACAACGAUCAGACGUUGAAAUUCGACAAAGGGACGACGACCUUGGCGUUCUGCUUCAAGGGAGGCAUCUUGGCCGCCGUCGAUUCCCGAUCGACUCAAGGCCCGUACAUUGCGUCGCAAACCGUGGACAAGAUCAACGAAAUCACUCCCUACAUGCUUGCGACGAUUGCCGGUGGGGCGGCUGAUUGCCAGUACUGGCAACGCAACCUGGCCGUGCAAUGCCGCAUGUACGAGCUGCGCAACCGCCACCGCAUUUCGAUCCGUGCCGCGAGCAAAUUGAUUGCCAACACGUGCAACUACUACAAGGCAUACGGGCUGUCGUUGGGCAUGAUGAUGAUGGGAUACGACAACGGUGAGCCAACGCUGUACUAUGUCGACGACGAAGGUUCGCGCAUGCGCGCCAGCAAGGACAAGCCCAAGUUCUCGGUCGGGUCCGGUAGCACGUACGCGUACGGGGUGUUGGACACGCAUUACCGCUGGGACCUCGAAGACGACGAAGCGAUCAAGCUCGGGUUGAACGCGAUCUACCAAGCGACUUACCGAGACUCGUAUUCCGGUGGGCUGUGCCGCGUCUACCUCUUCAAGCCCGACGGAUACCGAAAGGUGCAAGACAUUGACGUGAAGGAAUUGCACGAGAUGUUCAGCGGUCGCCAUUAAGGGGGUAGCUUGACCAAGGCAAAAGAGAGAAACAACGAGCCAAAGGACGGGUGUAGUCUGUCGUAGGUAUUCGCCACGAAUUCGAUCGACACUGACCAGUCUAAAGCGAUAAUGCAAGCAACUGACACGAUCAGACAAGAGAGAAUGGAAGCUCAUCAACGAUCGAACAUACAUGUAAACUCUACGUACAUCAUAUCGACAGCGUGUCCAUCGAC